AGCGGGUGAGUGUCCCUCUUUCCCACGCUGUCCGCGCCGCUGCCGCCUCCGCGCUGCUGCCUCUGUGUGUGGGCCCCGUACGCUAGCUGGGACGUCCUCUCCGGGUCCGAGAGGGGGCGGCGCGCAGGACACCCCUUGCCCCGGGCGGAGCUAGAGGAGGGGGCCAGGAUGUCCCUAGUUCCCUAGUCUUGGUCGCUGUAGGCGGCCCCGUCGUCCCCCUUCCCAGCCUCAUCUCCGGCUUGGCGUCCUCGUGGCCACCGGGGAAGGACUGUCUGUAUGUGGGGAGUUCUCGCAGUUUUUCACCCACUUUGCAGUCUCAGGCUGGAGAUGUCUCAGAGUCCGAGGUUCGCAGAGAGCCGAGAAUGUGCGCCUUGUCCUGGGUGGCGGGUUGGGGGUAAGGCAGCCCCUUACUUAGUAAUAGAGGCCUGAUGAGAGUCCUGCGGGUCGUUAGCACUUACUACUCAGGGGGAGGAGGAGGAGGAAGAGGAGGAGGAGGAAAGGACCGAGAAGAUGGAGCAGCUGGAGAGGAGGGGGGAAAAGCAGGAGCUAGAGAUGUCCUGGAAAUCGAGGGUAUCGUGUUUCCGGAAGGAGAGAGUUCAACUUUCCUGGCUUCUGUAGGGGAGGGGAAGGAAAGGGUAAUUCCUCUCCUGCAAUUACUUUUGGAUGGAAGUAUGCCCCUUUCUCAAUAGAAGAUGGUAAUCUUGGAGAAUGACCAUGGAGAAGGGGAUGAGUUCUGGAGAAGGGCUGCCUUCCAGAUCAUCUCAGGUUUCGGCUGGUAAAAUAACAGCCAAAGAGUUGGAAACAAAGCAGUCCUAUAAAGAGAAACGAGGAGGCUUUGUGUUGGUGCAUGCAGGUGCAGGUUAUCAUUCUGAAUCCAAAGCCAAGGAGUAUAAACAUGUAUGCAAACGAGCUUGUCAGAAGGCAAUUGAAAAGCUGCAGGCCGGUGCUCUUGCAACUGACGCAGUCACUGCAGCACUGGUGGAACUUGAGGAUUCUCCUUUUACAAAUGCAGGAAUGGGAUCUAAUCUAAAUCUGUUAGGUGAAAUUGAGUGUGAUGCCAGCAUAAUGGAUGGAAAAUCCUUAAAUUUUGGAGCAGUUGGAGCACUGAGUGGAAUCAAGAACCCAGUCUCAGUUGCCAACAGACUCUUAUGUGAAGGGCAGAAGGGCAAGCUCUCGGCUGGCAGAAUUCCUCCCUGCUUUUUAGUUGGAGAAGGAGCCUACAGAUGGGCAGUAGAUCAUGGAAUACCCUCUUGCCCUCCUAACAUCAUGACCACAAGAUUCAGUUUAGCUGCAUUUAAAAGAAACAAGAGGAAACUAGAGCUGGCAGAAAGGGUGGAAACAGAUUUUAUGCAACUAAAGAAAAGAAGACAAUCAAGUGAAAAGGAAAAUGACUCAGGCACUUUGGACACGGUAGGCGCUGUGGUUGUGGACCACGAAGGGAAUGUUGCUGCUGCUGUCUCCAGUGGAGGCUUGGCCUUGAAACAUCCGGGGAGAGUUGGGCAGGCUGCUCUUUAUGGAUGUGGCUGCUGGGCUGAAAAUACUGGAGCUCAUAACCCCUACUCCACAGCUGUGAGUACCUCAGGAUGUGGAGAGCAUCUUGUGCGCACCAUACUGGCUAGAGAAUGUUCACAUGCUUUACAAGCUGAGGAUGCUCACCAAGCCCUGUUGGAGACUAUGCAAAACAAGUUUAUCAGUUCACCUUUCCUAGCCAGUGAAGAUGGCGUGCUUGGCGGAGUGAUUGUCCUCCGUUCAUGCAGAUGUUCUGCGGAGCCUGACUCCUCCCAAAAUAAGCAGACACUUCUAGUGGAAUUUCUGUGGAGCCACACGACGGAGAGCAUGUGUGUUGGAUAUAUGUCAGCCCAGGAUGGGAAAGCCAAGACUCACAUUUCAAGACUUCCUCCUGGUGCAGUGGCAGGACAGUCUGUGGCAAUCGAAGGUGGGGUGUGCCGCCUGGAGAGCCCAGUGAACUGACCCUUCAGGCUGAGCGUGAAGCGUCUCAGAGGCAUUUCAGAACCUGAGCUUUUGGGGGUUUUUAACUGAAGUUGGUUGUUUUAUCUUUCUUGUUUUAUAAUUCCUAUUGCAACCUCGUGCACUGCUCGAGACACAAGUGCUGCUGUAGUUAGCGCUUAGUGACACGCGGGCCUUUGGUGGGUGAGCGGGACUGUGUGUGAGUGUGUGCGCGUAUGUGCGCACAUAUGUGUAUGUGUGGAGUAUGUGUGUUUGCUUCUCCGUGGAUGAAAUAGAAACUCCUCAUUGUGUGACCAGGAAUGGUUAAAUCAUCUUUACAAAAUGUGUGCUUUAACUGUUUACAAGUAAAACCUAAAGUUGCAGGAAACAUUUUUUAUUUCGUAAAGAGGUACCAACUGUCGCUGAUGUGAUAUGUCAGAACUGAAGAGUAAAUCUACUUGUUUAAAUGACUUGACAGUGGUAGUGCUCCAUUUAAUAACAGUAAUAAGUAAUAAAGUGUUUUUAUUUGUUAACCAGUUUAAGUGGAUCCUGUGGUAACUUAAACUGUUGUUCUCAUCCCUUAUAUGGGGCAUUUUUCUUUAACAAAGAAUGGUUUCAGUGAAACAAUCUAGCAGAGAAUUAAUGUCAGAACCUUUUUAAAUAAUAGUCUGAUUGAUACAGUUUGUACUUAUUUCAUCAAGCUUUUCUAAGCUUAAAUAUUGCAUAGCUUCGAGCUGUAUGGACUAUAUUAUGAAAGAAUAUGUAAAGAGAACAUACAGUAAUGCACAGUCCUUAAUUUGUGUAUAAUGGAAAGUUAUUUACACUAUAACACUGUAAAUAAGAAAGCAGAGUUUAUGGGAAAAUUCAAUAUUAUCUUUGUUUUUGUUUAAAUAUAUUUUUAAGAUAAAGGCACAAAAAUAAAAGAAGCGUAUUACUGGGUAUAGUAUGUGACUCCUCUUCUCAGACUAAUAAAUUAUCUUUUGAAUCCUU